AUGGCACCUAAAGCACCUAAAGAUCCUAAAGCAGCUAAAGCACGUAAAGCAGCUAAUGCACCUAAAGCACCUAAACAACCUAUAAUACCCCAAGGUCCUUAUGUCCCUGCUGCUCUACCUACAAAACCAGGGCAAAGAUAUUUUGAGUUUAGAGAUUGGUUUAACUAUAAGGGUUACUGGAAGGGGAACCACGAUUUGAAGAGUUUAAUUGCAAGUUUCUUGACUCCUACACAACGUGAUAAGCUUAAUAAUGGCACAUUUCGAUAUAUUAUGGCUAUGGAGAAUUUUCAAUGCAGCAUGAAGUUGGUUCAUUGUUUGUGUCUUUCUCGAAUAUUCACCAAUGAUCGAGACUGCAUUAGUUUCAAGAUUUUUGGCCAUGAUGUUUCCUUCACCCUUGAAGACUUUCACAUUAUGUGCGCUUUGCGGAGCACAGCACAUAAUGUGGAAAAACCAAUUAAUCGAGAGAGUAAUAUUCUGAAGCGCUAUUUUGGUAAGUCCAAGGGUGUGACCUUGAAGGAUAUUCAAGAUUUUAUGACUCGGAAUGAAAAUCUAAAGAAUGAUGUGAAUCACAGUCAUGUAUGCGAGAGUGAUGAUGAUGCUGUGAAGCUUAUGAAAAUUCUUGUUGUAGAGUCUAUUUUGUUUAGGAAAAAGACUGAAUCAUAUGUGCUGGAGGAGUAUGCAGCUAUUGUUGAAGAUGAUAAGGUUUGUGCUGAAUAUCCUUGGGGUAAUUUGUGUUAUGAGAAGCUCAUUUACUCACUAAAACAUGCAUUGGACAAGCAGAACAAAUUUCAUUCAACUCAGUAUAAAGUUGGUGGAUUUCCAUAUCCGUUAUGUGCUUGGUUCUAUGAGCGCUUCCCAGAUAUUCGAGAGAGGUAUAUAAGAGAUGAUGACUACCUUGAUACCCCUCAGGUUCCCAGGAUGUUACGUUACGUAUGUGUGGGAGAGCCUAAAUAUAACGAACUUUUUGAUAUGUUCAGUAGUCAUGAUAGAUAUCGCACCUUUAGGGUAUUGGAUAUAAUUUCUACAGAAGAGGAAUUGAAUUCAAUGCCUUUAAUUGGACAAUUACCAUGCAGCCGGAAUCGUUCAAAGGUACUUAAUGCGGUUCCUUCAACUGGUGAAUCACCACAUGAGUCGUUCUAA